AUGAGUUUCCGCGGACGUGGUGGUGGCGGUGGAUUUGGUGGACGAGGUGGUGGCGGUGGAUUUGGUGGACGAGGUGGUGGUGGUGGCCGUGGUGGUGGAGGCGGAGGUGGAUUCCGUGGUGGUUUCAACAAUCGAAGUUUCGGCUCCCGGGACGAAGGCCCAAAGAAUAUCAUUCCCCUCGGAUAUUACGAUUAUCCGUGUCAGGAGGAUUUGAUCGCUAAGGUGGAAGUCGAAAAUGUACCAUUCUUUAAUGCACCAAUUUAUAUGGAGGGCGAGAAGCUGAUCGGCAAGGUCGAUGAGAUCUUUGGCAAUCUGCGGAAUUUCUACGUGUCGAUCAAACUGAAUGACAACAUGAAGCCGGACGGAUUCCAGAAUAAACAGAAGCUGUUUAUUGACUCGUCGAAACUGUUGCCACUUGCACGAUUUUUACCGGGAAAUCAGACUCGCCGACCGGGUGGACGCGUGGGCAAACCGGGUGGCCGUGGUGGUCCUGGUGGCUUCCGUGGCAGAGGUGGUGGUGGCGGUGGAUUCCGGGGCCGAGGCGGCGGUGGUAGUGGUGACGGUGGAGGUUUCCGUGGUCGUGGAGGCGGCGGAGGACGUGGCGGUGGUGGUUUCCGUGGUAAUCGUGGAGGCGGCGGUGGAAAUAGAUGGUAA